CCAACGAACCAAGAAAACAACUGUGUCUUCCUCUGCCUCUAUCGCCGCCGGCAAAAUCAAUCGUUCUCUUUCUCUGUAUACAGUUUAGUCGAGAAUGGUGAAUCAAAGGCGAAGACUUGCGCAGAAGCGAUACAAAGAAGCUAAUCCAGAGCUGUUUCCUAAAGCAGAACCAACACCACCAAAGGACCCUAAUAAGAAGAAGAAGAAGAAGAGCUUGUUCAAGAAGAAGAAACCUGGAUCUUCCACUGAUAGACCUCAGAGAAAAGGCUCAUCUUCGAGGCAUCCUCUCCGAGUUCCUGGUAUGAAACCUGGAGAAGGCUGUUUUAUCUGUCACUCUAAAACCCAUAUUGCUAAGCUCUGUCCUGAAAAGUCUGAGUGGGAGAGAAACAAGAUAUGCUUGCAAUGUAGGAGAAGAGGGCAUAGUCUUAAAAACUGCCCUGACAAGCAAGAUGACAGCUUUGAGAAGAAGCUUUGUUACAAUUGUGGUGAUACUGGCCAUUCACUUUCUCGUUGUCCUUACCCUCUGGAAGAUGGAGGGACCAAAUUUGCAAGUUGUUUCAUAUGCAAGGGACAAGGGCACAUAAGCAAGAACUGUCCUCAGAACAAGCAUGGAAUCUAUCCAAUGGGCGGGUGUUGUAAAGUGUGCGGGAGUGUGGCGCAUCUUGUCAAAGACUGCCCCGAUAAAUUAAACCAAGAAUCAGCCCAACCAAAGAAGAUUUCAAGAUUUGAUGCUACACCAAGAGGAAAGGUCACUAAGUUUAGUGGGGACGAUCUAGAGGACGAUUUCACUGAAGAACCGAAAAGCAGCAAGAUCUCUGAUGAUUCAGAUCAGAAGAUCAUCGAGAUGAAGAAAAAGAAACAAGGUCCAAAGAUUGUCAAUUUCGUCGGAUGAUCACAAAUUGAAACAAGAGGAUCUAAAAGGAUCAUCAGUUUUGUAGGAAAGCUCGUUUUUGUUGUUCUUUAAUCUGCCUCUAGAGUGUGUUGGAACAAGUUGUUAUUUAAGAUUCAGAACAAUGUUAUGUAUUGAAACCAUACAGUUAAUACUUAAUACUGUUUCAGAUAAACU